CGAGAACGAGGACGAUGGGUCCAUCGUAGUCGGGAAGCCCUAGCGCUCUGAGUCUGAGUCCGCCUCAAUCGGAGAUCCACAUUUAGGGUUCUCAGAGACCUGCUCCAACUCUUUUCCAUCGGCACUCUCGAUUUCCUUUCUCUUUCUCGUCGCUGUCUCUGUCGCGCAGCUGAAGCUCGUUUACCGUUUGCCAUCAUGGCUCGAGGUUUAAAGAAGCAUUUGAAGAGGCUCAAUGCGCCCAAGCAUUGGAUGCUCGACAAGCUCGGUGGAGCUUUCGCCCCGAAGCCAUCGUCAGGACCCCACAAGGAGAGAGAAUGCUUGCCUUUGGUGGUCAUGUUGAGGAACAGGUUGAAGUACGCCUUGACCUACCGUGAAGUCGUUGCUAUCGUCAUGCAAAGACUUAUCCAGAUCGACGGAAAGGUCCGCACUGACAAGUGCUACCCUGCCGGUUUCAUGGACGUAAUCUCCAUCGCCAAGACAAAUGAGAACUUCCGCCUGCUGUACGAUAGCAAGGGUCGAUUCACUCUGCACUCCAUCAGCGCAGAGGAAGCUAAGUACAAGCUGUGCAAGGUCCGUGCUGCCCAGUUCGGAGACAAGGGUGUGCCCUACAUCAGCACCUACGAUGGACGGACCAUCAGAUACCCCGACCCUCUCAUCAAGGUGAACGACACCGUGAAGAUUGACAUCGACUCAGGAAAGGUUGUCGAAUUCAUAAAGUUCGACAUUGGCAAUCUCUGCAUGGUCACCGGGGGAAGGAACAGAGGCCGUAUCGGAGUGAUCCAACACAGGGAAAAGCACAAGGGCAGCUUUGACAUCAUCCAUGUCACCGACUCUGCAGGACACCAGUUCGCUACCCGUAUGGGUAAUGUGUUUACCAUCGGCCUGGCAACCAAGCCAUGGGUCACCCUUCCAAGGGGUAAGGGUAUUAAGUUGUCUAUUGUCGAGGAGGCACGAAAGCGUGCAGGAGCAUCCAAGGCUGCGGCGUGAGUAUGUCUUCAAAGAAUACCAGGGGAGAGGUUUGCUUAGUAGCACACGUUCACGGGCCCUAAGUUUUGGGAGUAUUCUUCCGAACACAUGUAACACAAAUUCGGAUAAAAGUUUUGUCCCACGAAAAAUUACCCCCACCCGCAGUGCCCUUGUCGUGAGUUUGAUUGGGGUUUGUCGGUAUGUCAACUUCUAUGUUCCGAGUUAAGUUGUUGAACAGUGUGUCUGCGUCGUUCGGAUAAUUUAGGGAGAAGAAAGGAAGGAGGCAGUGCAGAGGCAACUCUGGCAUCUGUGCGCAUGCACAUUCCAAUUGGGUCCGUCAGCAGUACUGUUGGUAGUUAAGAGCAGGGUUGCUUCACAAUCAUUGUCGUGAUUAAGCGCUGAAGUUGUUCUUUCAGUCCAUUGGACUGUCUGACUAGAGGGCGCAUGAAACCUUAUAAUUGAAAUGUCAUUACUAGAACAAGUGAGUGAAGCCUUCGCGAGGCGAGCAUGGUGACUAGUCACCACGGCAUUGCAAGAAUGUGGGAUAGUAUCUUUCUGACUACCGUCCGAAAGAAGAGUCGCGGCAUGUUUGGUUCUCAAUUCAAGAUAGUUUAAGAAGUCACUUGAUUUGGAACUAGUGGAAGAGUGGUAAUCGAAUUGCACCCUAUUUGUACCAGGAGAUCCGUUAUCAAGUAUGUUUUACUCGGAUGCCUAUUGGUUGCAUCUGUGGCUCGCCU